AUGCCUAGUAUUUCUGAGGAUAUGACUGAUUUUUUAGUGGAUUAUGAAUCAACCAUCAACGUUCCAUCAGAUUUUAAAAAUAAAGACUUGUAUAGUCUGGAGUUCAAUGAUAGACCAUAUGGGAAGCAAUAUGCAUCUAUCUAUGCCACACGUUUAGCGCAUUUAAGACCAAGAGUGCUACACAAUGCCAAAAAGAAAUGGGGUGAAGAAGUGGUUAAUGGUAAAAAAGUUGUCAAGAAGGAAAAAGUCCUCGAUAUUCAUAGUGAUGAACCAAGUUGGGUCGUGGGAACUAUAUUUUGUGAUAUGAAAUAUAAGCCAAACAUUCUUGAUGAGGUAUCUAGUGGGAUUCAAGGUGCAGAUACAAGUAUCAAGACAUAUACAGAUCCAGAUUUAGAUCAAAUCAUGCUUGAAGAUGAAUCAGGUAGAGUUGCAUUAGAAGGUGACCUAGUUAAAAACACAAUAUUAGUAACUGGUACAGUCGUGGGUAUUCUUGGAAUGGAAUCAAGACCUGGUGUCUUCCAAGUUGUUGAUAUAGUUUAUCCUUUCACAUCUGCACAAAAACCAACAAGAAAAUCAUCAUCUAAAGUUGCAAUUGUUUCAGGUCUACAUUUUAAUGGACUAGAAUCAAUAAAACAUGAAGCACUCAAAGAUUAUUUAACAGGGGAGCUAGGUCUAGAAACCUCUAAAUCCGUUUCAAGAUUAAUCAUUGCAGGUAAUUCAGUUUUAGUAUCUGGUGAACCAGAAGUUGAUGAAAAAAAUAAAUAUGGUGCUAAAAACAAAUCGAAUUUUAGUUUAGACUCCAUAACACAACUAGAUACUUUCCUAACGGAUACAUUACAAUCCAUACCCAUUGAUAUGAUGCCUGGUGAAUCAGAUCCAGCAGAAACAAGUUUACCACAACAACCAUUACAUAAAGCAUUCUUCCAAAAAUCUAAAGCAUAUUUAAAUACAUCAACUUUUAGAACAAUAACAAAUCCUGCAUGGAUCCAAUAUGAUGAAUUACGUUUAUUAGGUACAAGUGGUGAAAAUAUUAAUGAUAUUUACAAAUAUGUUGUGCCUAAUUCAGUACAAGACUCAAGAAUUAAUAUGAUCGAGGCAACCAUGGUUUGGCAAAAUAUCAUUCCAACAGCUCCAGAUACUUUAUGGUGUUAUCCAUAUUCUGAUAAAGAUCCUUUCUCAUUAACAGAAACUCCACAUGUUUAUUUCGUGGGGAAUCAACCAAAGUAUGAAACAAAAAUGUUACAAUUGGAUAAUACUACUAAAGUGAAAUUAAUCGCAAUUCCAACAUUCAGUGAAACUGGACAAUUUGUUAUAUUGGAUACUGAUACUUUAGAAAGUGAAGUAAUAACAUUAGAUUCAUAA